AUGUCGAUGAAAGGCAAGGCACUCUUCACUUUCCAAAGUGAAAACAAAGAGGAGAUCAGCAUACAGGAGAAUGAAGAACUGGUUAUCUUUGACAAUAACUCUGUGGAUGGAUGGUUACAAGGGGAGAACAGUAAAGGAGAGAAAGGUCUCUUCCCGGCCUCUUAUGUGGAAGUAAUCCGCCCUCGUUCCAACUCCAACCUGACAGACUGCUCCAUAAGCCCGGUGGGUUCUCCCGGCAAUGGCUCCUCAUAUUUCCCCUCUACAGCAAACGCGCCCUUUCACAUGCAACAGGGUUACUAUCACGAUGACGAUGAUGACUGGGAUGAUUGGGAUGACAGUUCCACAGUGGUGGACGACGAUGGCCCCAGUGGCACAAAUGGACAUUCCCAUCAGAGCCCCCACUCCAACAACCCCAAUGUCCACUAUUGUGCCAAACCUUACAUGGAGAGGCAGGACAGCAUCUCCAGCUCGCGGAAGGGCAGUAUGGUAGGCAGGAACUUAAACCGAUUCUCCAGCUUUGUCCGCUCAGGGGUGGAAGCGUUUGUGUUGGGCGAUGUGCCCAUGAACGCUAAGAUAGCCGAGUCAUACACCAUUGCGAUGGGCCCCAAAGGGCCUCAAUGGAAAGAGAGCCCCACACCUUUCUCUUGCUCCAUCGAGGACCCCACCAAGCAGACCAAGUUCAAAGGCAUCAAGACCUACAUAUCUUACCGGGUGACCCCGAGCCACAAUGCGAGGCCUGUGUACCGGCGUUACAAGCACUUUGACUGGUUGUACAAUCGUCUACUGCACAAGUUCACCAUCAUCUCCGUACCCCACCUGCCCGAGAAACAGGCAACGGGGCGCUUCGGGGAAGAUUUCAUUGAGAAGCGCAAGAGGCGGCUGAUUCUCUGGAUGGACCACAUGACCAGCCAUCCGGUCCUGUCGCAGUACGAGGGCUUUGAGCACUUCCUGAUGUGUGCCGAUGACAAGCAGUGGAAGCUGGGAAAACGGCGGGCGGAGAAGGACGAGAUGAUGGGCGCCAACUUCAUGCUUACCUUCCAGAUCCCCAACGAGCACCAGGACCUGCAGGACGUGGAGGAACGUGUGGACUCCUUCAAGGCCUUCGCCAAGAAAAUGGACGACAGCGUCAUGCAGCUGACGCAUGUGGCCUCGGAACUGGUGCGUAAGCACCUCGGAGGCUUCCGGAAGGAGUUCCAGCGUCUGGGGAACGCUUUCCAGAACGUCAGUCAGGCGUUCAUGCUGGACCCUCCCCACUGCUCGGAAGCCCUCAACACCGCCAUCUCCCACACGGGACGCACAUACGAGAACAUUGGUGAAAUGUUUGCCGAGCAACCUAAUUAUGACCUCUUCCACAUGCUGGACAAACUGUCGCUCUACCAGGGACUACUCGCCAACUUCCCGGACAUCAUUCAUCUACAGAAAGGUGCGUUCGCCAAGGUCAAAGAGAGUCAGCGGAUGAGCGACGAAGGAAAGAUGGACCAGGACGAGACGGACGGAGUGCGUAAACGCUGCCGGACAGUGGGAUUUGCCCUGCAGGCCGAGAUUAACCACUUCCACCAGCGCCGCGAGGUGGACUUCAAGGAAAUGAUGCAGGCCUACCUCAAACAGCAGAUCGCCUUCUACCAGCGUGUGGGCCAACAGCUGGAGCGUACCCUGCACAUUUAUGACAACCUGUAG